UCUCCAAUCUCCAGUGGAGAAAUAAACAGCAUUGGCAAUGGCAGGUUCAUCUUCAUCAUCAUUAUCAUCAGAGUCAUUUCUGAGGCAGCUGAGCAGCAAAGAAGGAUGGAAAUCAGCAUCAAGAAGAUGGGGUAUGGGCAACAAUGGCAGCAGCAGCAGCAGCUUGAAGCAGCAAAUGGAGGGGAUGAUGAUGAAUGGCAAUGGAGGAAUGUUUGUGAUGAAGAAGAGGGUAAUGGUGGUUGUGGAUCAAUCCUCUCACUCUAAACAUGCCAUGAUGUGGGCUCUCACUCAUGUCACCAACAAAGGGGAUAUCCUAACCCUCCUCCACAUCCUCCCUUCUCACUCUAACUCUCACUCUCAAGAUUCUUCUUCUUGCCUUGCUUCCUCACUUGCCUCUCUCUGCAAAGCCUGCAAGCCUGAGGUUGAAGUGGAAGCACUGGUGAUUCAAGGUCCUAAAAUGGCGACAGUGAUGAGCCAGGUGAAGAAGCUUGAGGUCUCUGUCUUAGUUUUAGGUCAGAAGAAGCCCUCCCCAUUCCUCAACAACUUCUGCCUGUGUGUGAAAGGCAGCAGUGAAGAACUUGUAGAUGAGUGUAUUAGCAGCCUGGAGUGUUGUUUGACCAUUGGGGUGAGAAAACAGAGCAAUGGUGUUGGUGGCUAUCUCAUCACUACCAGAUGGCACAAGAACUUCUGGCUCUUGGCCUAAUCUCUCUCUCUCUCCUGUCUUUAUUUUAAUAAAAUCCAAAUUCAUAUCUUGUAA